GAGUGUCUUUUUAUUAUUAUUAUUAAUUAUUAUUAUUAUUAUACUAAACUCUAGUACUGACUUACGCUGUAAUAUAUUUGCAACCAUUAAUAUUUAUUCAAUUAUUAAAUUAAAGUACAUGUUGCUUGAAGCCUGGCGCUUUAACCAAUCAGAUUUCGAGUUGGCAGCACCGAGGCCAUCUAGCAGGCGUCCAAUAACCUUGGCAUUUUCACGUUAUUUGAUUGGACGGUUAUAAAGCGUCACUGAUCAGAGCUCGCAUCUUUAGCAAACUUCACAAGCUCAAAUACAUACGUGUGAAUUUAAUUGCUGUUUUUUUUAUCCCACGACGGCUGGCAGAGGAGAAGAAAAUGUAUUAAUUUGGUUGCCUACAAGAAAGAGAAAAAAACGCUGGACAUCGAAAAAUGCACAGAAAUAAGAACUCCUGCAUGUAGGCAUCACCAUGGAGCUGCACUCACAAGGCUAUCCUUCAAAAAGACGACGCUGCCACGAUGCCCUGUAGCCACGUUCGUGCGAAACAUGUUCAUUCAGAUUCAAGACACUCCAAAUCCAAACAGUUUGAAGUUUCUGCCUGGGCGGACGGUCUUGGACUCGGGUACUAUGGACUUUGUGGCUCCAAGAGAUGCUUUCUGCUCUCCCUUGGCCAGGCAGCUUUUCAGAAUCGACGGAGUCAAAAGUGUCUUCUUAGGCCCUGAUUUCAUCACCAUCACAAAGACUGAUUCACACAUGGAGUGGAAGGUGAUUAAACCAGACGUCUUCGCUACCAUUAUGGACUUCUUCACGUCUGGACUUCCUGUAGUUAACGAAGAUGCCGCUCCACGUGCAGACACCGCGCCCUCGGAUGACGACGACGAGGUGGUGGCCAUCAUUAAAGAGCUGCUUGACACACGGAUCAGGCCCACGGUGCAGGAGGAUGGAGGCGACGUGCUCUAUCGGGGUUUCGAGAACGGCAUCGUGAAACUGCAGCUCCAGGGCUCGUGCACCAGCUGCCCCAGUUCCAUCGUCACGCUGAAGAGCGGCAUCCAGAACAUGCUGCAGUUUUACGUCCCCGAGGUUGAGGGGGUGGAGCAGGUGAAGGACGAGGUCGAAGCCGAGGAAUUGAAUCAGCAGACCCACAAGUGAGUGCGGGAGAGUAAGCAGGAUCUGAACAUCUGAUCGAGAAUGAAGAGGCUGACAUCGAUAAAAACAGGAUGAUGCUCACUAAUACAAUUGCACAAAAAAGUAAACAGGUUUUCCUUCAGACAUUUUAAGGGGAUUUUUAGAACCGUUAUGGAACGUUUAUUACGGGAAUAUCUGAAACGGUUAAAGUUGAUCAUAUAUUUUUAUUUAUUUAACUGAUUUCCUUUAUUGCACUGUCGCAAGAACACACAAACCCUCGCAUGCACAAUGAAUUUUGUUCGUUUUCUUUUUUCUUGAAAUGUGAAUGUGUAUAAAUGUAAUUAAGGACACAUCAUAAUUAAAACAUUUGAAAAUAUACUGUAAUUUCUUAUACUUUUGUUUGACAAAAAACACAAACUAAAACUAACCCUAGAUCAAGCAAUCAUACAGGUAGAAUCUGGUUUGAUGACUUGCUGUUUUGGAAUGAAAACCUGCUCCCACACCUGCCUGUUGUGCAUUGGAUUGGAUUGGAUUGGAUUGGACACCUUUUGUUCAGCCAAGCCUUGUAUAAUAAGUGUAGAUUGUUUGUUUUAAAAGAAGAGUUGGUAGCUUAAGAUAUGUGCAAAAUGACAGUAACGAUCUGGAGGUGAUUUUCAUCUCAUGCAUAAUUUCAUCUCAUAAAUGAUUAUAAAGAGUCUUAUAUUAAUAAAGGUGCAUGAAUUCA